CGCGCCGUUCCCCCACUGCUCCUCCAGGCAGUGAACACUCGGAUAGAGCUUGCAUGUGAGACCUCCGGUGGACGUAGGGUCCUGUCUAGAUUGUAUGUCAUUCAGUUAUGACGGAGAACCUUCUUUAAACAGAUCCGCGUUUUUGCUAACUGAGAAGCUGAAAUCACAGCAUCAGAAAUUACUUUGAGUACAAAUAGGCGAAAGCCAUCUGGUGUGACAGGCACCCAGUGUGUGCGGGAAUGGCAGCUCCCCGACCGAUAAAAGGCAUCCUGAAAAACAAGGACAGCGGUACAAACGUCAAAUCGCUGCCCAACGAGGCAACGGUAGAGAAUAAUGAACAAGCCCCUGGACUCUCGGAGGAUGAACAACAAAAGAAAUCUCAAAAAUGGGACGAAAUGAACAUUUUGGCCACAUACCAUCCGGCUGAUAAAGAUUAUGGCCUAAUGAAGAUAGAUGAACCCAGCACACCGUACAACAGAAUGGUUGGGGAUGACGAUGAUGAUGGGGCGCUGAGCGACUUGGAUGACCAAAGCGGGCUUGCAGCGGAUGACCUGGCAUCAAAGCUGGUGGCAGCAGAGAGCUCAGAGCCUCGCUUCAUGAAAGAAGAAGAGGAAGAGGAGAGCAGCGAGGAGGAGGAAGAGGAGCUGACUCCUGAAGAACAAGCCAAAAAAAAGCAUUUUCAGAUGAUGAGGAAGAUGCACUAUAACGAGGGCCUGAACAUCAAGCUGGCCCGUCAGCUCAUUGCCAGUGAGCUGGAAGAUGAUGAAGAUGCAGAUGAAGAGAUGAGGGACGACACAGAGGAGCCGAGGGAGGACGCAGAGGAGACGGAGGAAACGGAGGAGAUCAGUGUUGACCCGCCACAAGAAGCUGAUUGUCUUGACUCGUAGGUGAGGCCUUCCUCCCAUCUACAGCCCCAUGUUUCAGUUCAAGAUCCACAUAGACAAUGCCACUGAGCUCCGUGUUUUAACACUGAGCCAUAAAGCAAACACCGCAUCACCACCCAUGACAACAAAUCCCAACAGCCAAUAUCUUCCCAGCCAGCUGUCUCUCUACUCUUCCUUAGAACUGUGCAAUGUAACUUUCAAUCGCACUGGUUUUCAGCUUCAAGAAUCCAUACAACACACAAGUAAAGACUGUUUCCUCCCCCUCUUGUUGCCAAGAAUUUCCUCUUCCCACUUGCUCUGGACAGGCUUUGCACUGAAGAAUAGAUAAUACUCUGACCCUGAAAGGAGGAUCAAGACCUUUUUUUAAAGAAAAAAAAAACAAAAAAACUGUUGGAUGACCAGGACUGCCAUCUGGCCACUGCAUAGUUCUCCCCCUGACCACAGAGCUGGCACAUCAGCCCUGAAAGAGGCCUGGGGAAAUUCCAAGGCCUCAAUUAAAAGGCACAUGAGAAGAUGAUGCUUUUACUGGGUGUACUUCCAUGGCUUUUAUUUUUGUUUUGCUUUUUGACCCACCGCUCUGUCACAUUUUCUUAAGUACUUUUUGUUUGGAUGUCUGUUUUUAACCACAUUCAUAUCUUCAUGAGCGAUUGAUUACCUGCUAAUGCUGUUCUAUGAAAAGAUGAUCACUUCAUGUGGCAUCAUGAUAUUAGUCUAAAGUUGUAUUAUUAAAAAAAAUUGCAUUACGGUCGACAAUAUUUACUGCUAAUAAAUACUUGUAUUCAGCAGUGCAGUGGUUCUCAAACUGGGGAGGCUGGGAGUGUGGGGGAAUACUGUAUAUAACCAUCAGAAAUAACUGGAUGGAAUGAGGUCAGGCAGACCGUAGUUGCAUGAGUAAGAUUCAUGUGCAGAUAAACCAAUGAGUUACAUUUAGGCUAACCUCAAACCUUUAGUCUAUUUCAAUAAAAUGAACUACUUUGGUCAUAGUUCAUCAAAAUGAAAUAUGUCUUUGUUGAAGUGGGGAUGCCAGAGUUUGAGAACCACUGUCUCACCAUGAUGCUUGCCAACUAAAUAGAUUCAAUGAUAUUAUAUCUACUCCCUCUUUGCAAACAAGAACACUACAUCAAACCUCAUUUUAAUUUGAAUUUAUACCUCGGAGCUAUAAAUUGUCGAUCAAGAGGUACUUUUUCAGUAAAUAUCUUUCAAAAUAUUCACUUUUUUGCUCCUACAUUUGCUCCUAGAUUAUUUCAUGAAAGGUGAUGGCAAGACCGGCCAGUUAUCCAUUUAUAAAAGUUAUAUUGGGCACUUAAGGUGUUUUAGUUCUGUAAGAUAAAUAGGAGGAACAGUAUUGACACCAUGCUGCUGACCUAUAGAACGUGCUACUGAUCAACAGGACAUUGUCUUUUAUGGGAAAAAGGUUUGUAACCAAUUUCAGCUUUAAGCACCAUGUUCUGAUGUAGAUCUGAGAAAAAUCCACAACUCACUGUGCUCUUCCUUAGAAAAUGUGUUUAUUAGAUUGCUCAUCACAUCAGAGCUUCACCAGACAUAAAUUAUAAAUUAUUUGGAGGAAGGUACUAUCAUGUAGUUUGUGUUUAAGUUCCUUACACUUUAAUGUCUAAUCUGUUGUAUGAUGCAGCAGUUAUUGAUGCUACUGACUUUAAUUAAAGAAGAAGUUGGAGAUGGCUUUUUGAGGAUUUUUUUUUUUUUUUUUAACUGUUUGGUGUCAACAAGAUCCUAGUCUUAAAUAUUUGUCAGGUCAACUGAGGAAAGAAAGACACUCCUCCUGGUCCCUGUGCGUUGCCUGUGAGCUGCUGGACUUGACUGCGUACUCUAUGAUUUCACUUGGAAAACACGAGUAAACAAAGAGGAGAAAAAUUAAAUGACGGCCACACAGCAAUCAUACUGAUGGUCUUGUGUUGUGAUUUCUUAAUUUUCUUCUGACCCUUUAAUUCCUCACUGUGAUCUAACGUGUUAAGCGUUGUACUACAAAUUGACUGGUAUGACUUCUACCAAUGUCCCAUCGCAGUUUGCUUUCUUUGGAAUAUUUGGUGGUGUUUUCUCUCCAUGUGUUGAAAGAAACAAAUAAUAUUUGUAGUGACAAGACAAAGCAUCCAAUCAUUUAGACUAUCUCUGAGAAACAGUAAUAUUUCUGUGUCAGAGCUUAUGUCCAUUUAUUUUGAUCGCUGAAUUGAUAAGCAGACAGAAAUGUUUUUGGCCUAAGACAAAAAGGAAAAGUUCGGUCAAAACGUGACUGAAAUGAUCACCCUGUAGGGUAAUCUGUCAAAUGUGCCUCUUAUAUAUUUAUGUACAUGUGUGUGAAACAGGCAGGCUAUGCUCCAUGUUGCUGUUGGUUGUGCCGUUUUAUUGCCUUAUGUCUCGCUUUUUGUUUCACACCAUCUGGUUGGGUUUGUUUUCUAAGGAUGAUAGACUGUUAAGCAGCCCUACUGACUCUGCACUGUAUGUGUGUUUCGAAAAUGACGUGGUAUGUCCAUGUUUUCUGUUUGUUUGUUGGUUUGUUGGUUUUUUGUAUUUCCAGUUUGCAUGUCCUUAAUCACCAGAUUGUGUAUUUUAUUUUGUCAUUAAAGUGAUGUUGGAGCAGUA